AUAUGUUAUAACACAUUUAUUUUAUGAGACACCACGUGCAGUACUCCGUGAGUAUCGAUCGACUGACGAGACGCACAAAUAUCCUAUUACCUAUUACUGUAGUUACUCCCUGGCGCAGGCGCUGCUUUCUGUGAACUGCACGCAUGUUUAAGUCGAUUCAGUAGCAUCCGCGCGUUCUGUGAGUAAUCAUGGAAAUCAAUGAACGUGUCAUGUCACAUUUGGACGCGAGUGAUUACAGUAUUCAGUUGAACCGAUGGUUCCUAAAACCAGUGGGAGCUUGGCCAAGUUCGGCCUCAACGACCAUCAAAGAAAAGGUGAUUUCAAUAGUACUGAUAAUCAUCUGCUAUUCAUUGAUAGGCUACACGGUCAUACCUUGCAUCUUGAACAUCCUGCUCGAAGAAACCGAUAUGCAUAAAAAGUUACAAGCUGUUGGUCCGUUAAAUCACUGGAGUAUGGGCGGCAUGAAUUACUUCUCACUGUUGUUUCGCAGCCGCGAUAUAUACCGUUGCGUGGAGCACGUGAGGACUGAUUGGCGGAUGAUGACAGAUACAGAAGACCGGCAAGUGAUGCUGAAAUAUGCCAAAUUUGGCCGUUUUGUCGCUGGAUUGUGCGCAAUUUUCAUGCAUGGCGGUGUGUUCUCGCAUAGCGUGAUGCAGGGCAUCAUGCCUACAUUUGUAUAUAUUGGGAACGUGAGCGUGUCAAUACAUGUAUUACCGUGUCCCACGUACAGCAAGUUCAUAGAUAUUACGAAGAGCCCAGCGGGCGAAAUUGCGUUUACCGUGCAGCUCAUCUCGAGCAUCGUCGUCAAUUCCGUCACCGCCGGUGCCUGCAGUCUCGCAGCGGUGUUUGCGAUGCACGCGUGUGGCCAGUUAAAUAUAUUGAUGAGAUGGCUGGACCAGUUGGACGAUCGAAAGCAGCAGGAUAUGGUACAGCAUCGAUUGGCAAUCAUUGUGGAGCACCAUCUGAGAGUGUUAAGCUUCGUGGCACAAAUGGAAGCACUUUUAAAUCAGAUAUGUUUUGUAGAAGUGCUAGGAUGUACGUUUAACUUAUGUAUGCUCGGAUAUUAUGUCAUUACGGUACGCUAAAAAAUUAAAAAGGUGAAUAUGUAAU